AUGAACGCAAGACAUCAACGAUGGCUGAGGCAACGAACGCUGCCACUAUUCAUGGUCACAGCGAUGUGCAUCAUCGGAUUAGAAGGAACGAUGAUAAGACACGGGCCGGGUCCAACUCACCACACAAAGGAUGCCGCGACCCAGCGGGACACUCAUCUGGCCGGCGGAGUUGAUCCUUUGUUAGCGGUGGGCUCCACACCACACAACAGCUCAUCCGGCGUGUCUGCCAUCGAACGCCACCGGAGACUGAUUCCUUACAUGCAGUACUACGUAACGUCGACGGCUGCGCCAUCACCAACCGGGGAAACCGAUAAUGCGGACUAUCAGCCGUCGUUCAACCAGGUCUAUAAUUAUAGGCCGAUCAAUGUUCCUGUCAGACAAGAGCCCGCGGCAGACAUUCGGCAAAAUUAUUACGCUCCGAAGCACGCGAAACAGCAGCAACAGCAAUCGUACCGACAGCAAGAAGAAACGUUUACGUACGAUCUGCAGCGACCGCUAGUGCAGCACCGCAAGCCGUACUACAAUACAAAGUUGAUUUCAUCCACCGGCCUUAAGUCGCUACCAUCGGUCAAUAUUAAUCCGUUCACCUACGAGUACAAUCACAGACACCAGCAGCAACAACAGCAAACCCCCGUGAAAGUGGUGUCCGUUGGAGGAACGUCCCUUGGGUCACCGACUUCCUAUUCGGUGCUUAAUACAGCCUCAUCAGACGAUCACAGUGACAACCACAACGGCCCCAGCGGUAGUGACAUUUACGAACGGCCAAAGUACGCCGUCAUACCCCGGGAACGGGAUCCGUACGAACAGGUUCCGCAGCGGUUUGCUGCCGUUUUACCACAAAAGCUGUACGGCAUUGAGGUGCACACGAAGCAUGUGAUUGAGGACGAAGGUGGAAGUGAUUUACCGUCCGGUGGUGGUAAAUACUUUCUUCCAACGGUGGCCAGUGAGCUACCACCAUCGCGUAAACCAGCACUGUACCAAGCAGUUCCGGUCACGUACAAGAAGAAGAUCAUUAAUCCGUUUCUGCCAUCGAACACCAUACCGGGACCUUUCACACCCAUGACCAGUGGAAGUAGUAGCAGUAGUAAUAGCGGAAGCAGUAGUAGUAACAAUGGAUCUAACUCACACACAGUGAAUGCUCAGUAUCAACAGGAAGGAGGACGUGCUACAGCUGGAGUUUCCCCUACAUCAUACCUUAAGAACACAGUUACCGAACAACCGGCAGUAGCCAUUUAUUCUUCGUACGAUCAUGGUGCUCCAGUUCAGGAUAAUCGUGCCCACGGUGAAGCUGUGUCUUCGCCAUACCUAGUAGUGAAAACUGUUCCUAAAUAUUACUACGAAAAACCAAGGAUUUCAGUGUCUACACCUACCCCGGUACCGUACCAGGUGUAUUAUAAAGAAAAGCCCAGUGAAGGCCGCAAGCAGCACUCCAAUCACAGUGGUUACUCAAGGCCACGGAUACCAGCAGUGGUACCGGUACGAAUUUCUGUCGAACCACACAAUCACGCCAGCGAAACACAGCCAGAACAUCCGUCUGGUGCCUAUUACACAAUCGGCCAGCAGUUGUACAAGGUUCAAGAUCAUGUGCCGGCACCCAUCAAGCAUCCAUCGUUGCCACCUCCACGACAGCAUUUGACGGAAACGAUUUUACCACAGCACACGCCGCAGAAGGUAGUAGUGCCGGAUGCGGGUGGAAAGAGUCCCGUCCUCACCGGACAGUACUUUAUCGGGCCAAACUAUAAGGUGUACAAAGUGCCGAUCAAACUUCACAACGUAAUGCCAGAGCCAUCAUACCCAUAUGCGCAUGCUCCACAGUCAGUGGCAACGUAUUCCACCACUACUUCAAGACCUGUAACGUAUUCUACUGGGUCUCCUAUCACUACGGUAUCACCUCCGAUACAUGAAACACCUUUGUACCCUGUUUAUCACCAUCAAGCGGCGAAGGCUCCUCGAAACAAUCGCACAGAGUACGCCAACCGACAACGAUUCUAUCCACAGUCGAUGCGUCACCCAAGUCAACACAAGCCGAGACCCAUUCCGCUAGCUCCAGUUACGGAACAAGCAUUAGGCUUACCACACGGCGCAUCAACCGGGUCGUUGUCUGAUUUGCUGAAGAAUCUGCAAGAUAGUAACCUUCUCCCGAAAACACUCACACCGGAUAACAUUGAUAACUCCAUCCGGACGUUGGUGAAGAUUCUGAACAAUCUGAAAGCGAACGGUCACCACCGUCCGGCGGAAGAACGACCGGAGUUAGUGGAGCCGGUUUACGAGCACACGAACUACACGACCGUUGAGCCGGAAACGUACGUCGAUACGGACAAGUACCGUGCGGGGCCACCGAUGUUGAUCAACAAGAUUGUAUCACCAGGGCCAAACACUGGCAAACCCGGCAUUGACUAUCCGGCCCUUGCAGAGAUACCUGAAACAAGCUUCAAGUGCAAGGAUCAACGGUACAAGGGAUUCUUCGGUGAUCCGGAAACAAACUGUCAGGUGUGGCACUAUUGCGAUCUUAACGGUGGCAAAGCAUCCUUCCUGUGUCCGAAUGGGACCAUCUUCAGUCAGGUUGCUCUGACGUGUGAUUGGUGGUUCAAUGUGAAAUGCUCCACUACUGCGCAACUGUACGUUCUGAAUGAACGGCUGUACAAGUACAUUCUACCCUUCACACCCAAGUUCCCCGAAGAUUACAGUGGGCCACUGGUUGAUAAAUAUCUUGCCCUCAAAUUCCAAGAGAUGGAGGAGAAGAUGAAACAGCAACGUGCCAAGGGUGCCAAACAGGGUUCGAUCGAGAUACCGAAUGCCGUACCGGAGAACGAUGAAGUCAACGGCAACACGCUAGAAGACAACGAUGAACGGUACAAUCAAAAUCAACCGUAUCCGAUCAAGUACACUACUACGGAAGCGGUACCCGAGCGAGCCUCGGUGACACUAGCCCAUCCAAAGCCAGUCGAAUCGAUGCCAUCCGUUCCAUCCUCAUCAGUUCCAAUUACGCUCGAAGACAUCGAUGCGGAACUGCAGCGAGGCAGUAAUAAGGCCGGUGGAAUGAUUGAGCCUUCUGGUGCAAGCAGCAGCAGUACCGUGGAUUCACCUCCAAUGGCAGGCAUGUCCCGUGAAGACGAGGACGAUGGACGGCCACCCGCAUCUUCUAUGUACCGUACCUCUUCCGUUCCAACUACCACCACCCUUAUCAUUGCCACCGAGGAACCUCAGAUCGAUCCGUUUCGUGCCGGAGAGAUGAUGAUCGAGCCGGAAGGACGGGAAGAGGACGACGAGUACGCGAAUGUGUUGAACACGGAGCAUCCGGCAAGUGUUUCACCGCUGCCACACAAUAUACUUCCAACGGCGGCACCGAUAUUGAGCAAGAUUCGCCGAAUUGAGGUUAAAAACGAUGGCACCAGUGGGCAUCUCAUAAGGAACCUAAAUUACGAUCGAAGAAGAAAAAGGUGA